AUGGCUUCGUUCCAGUUGCAGAACUCUGAAGUUCUUGCGCGAUUGAAACCAUUUGGGAUUCUGUUUGAGAAAUCAUUAAAUGAUUUAAUCAAAGGAAUUCGAAGUCAUUCGAAAGAAUCAGCCGAAAGUUUACUGGAAUUCUUAGAUUUAGCAAUUCAAGAAUGUAAGACUGAAUUAACUACUACGGAUUUGGAAACUAAGGCCAUGGCAGUAUUGAAAUUGGCAUAUUUAGAGAUGUACGGUUUCGAUAUGUCAUGGUGUAAUUUCCAAAUCUUAGAAGUUAUGUCAUCUUCAAGAUUUCAACAAAAGAGAAUUGGAUAUUUAGCAGCUAUUCAAUCAUUUAAGAAUGAACAAGAUUUAUUAAUCUUAGCUACAAAUCAAUUUAAGAAAGAUUUAAAUUCUCAUAAUCAUGUUGAAAUUGGUUUAGCACUUAGUGGUAUUGCAACUAUAGUUACUCCAAAUUUAUCUAAAGAUAUUAAUGAUGAUGUAUUAAUGAAAUUAAGUCAUUCAAAACCUUAUAUAAGAAAGAAAGCUAUAUUAGCUAUGUAUAAAAUCUUUUUACAAUUUCCUGAUAGUUUAAGAUUAAAUUUUAAUCGAAUUAUUGCAAUGUUAGAUGAUCUGGAUGUAUCAGUAGUUAGUGCAACAUUAAAUGUUAUUUGUGAAUUAUCAAAGAAAAAUCCUAAUAUCUUUAUAAAUUAUUUACCUAAAUUCUUUUCAAUAUUAGAAGAAACAAAGAAUAAUUGGUUAAUUAUAAGAAUUUUAAAAUUAUUUCAAAGUUUAUCUAAAGUUGAACCAAGAAUGAAAAAGAAGAUUUUACCAACUAUAAUUGAUUUAAUGUUAAGAACUCAAGCUUCAUCAUUAAUAUAUGAAUGUAUUAAUUGUAUUGUUAAUGGACAAAUGCUUAAUAUUGAUUCUUCAAAGGAUAAAGAAACUGCUAAACUUUGUAUUAAACAAAUUAUGGAAUUUUUUAAAACUAAAGAUUCUAAUUUAAAAUUUGUGGGAUUAAUUGCCCUUAUUAAUGUAUUAAAGAUAUUUCCAGUAUUUAUACAUAAAGUUGAUGGAGUAUCUGAAGUUAUUAUGGAUUGUAUUACUGAUCCUGAUUUAAUUAUUAAACGUAAAGCACUUGAAAUUUGUCACUUUUUAGUUAAGGAAGAUAAUAUUGUUGAAGUAGUUAAAACUUUAUUGGUUCAAUUAAUUCCUUCAGAAAAUUCAACUGUUCCUGAAUCUUUAAAACAAGAAAUAAUGCAAAAGAUUAUAUUUAUAGCGACUCAAGAUAAUUAUUCAAAUAUUCCUAAUUUUAAAUGGUAUAUUGCUGUAUUAAAAGAUAUUAUAAAUUUAACUUUAUUACCAUUACCUUCAACUAAUACUACAGCAAUUUCUCAAGUUACUGCUAGUAUAAUUGCUGCUGAAGUUGGGAAAGAAUUUAAAAAUUUAGCUACUAAAGUUCCUUCAAUUAGAUCAGAUAUACUUAAUAGAGUUAUUGUUGAUGCUGUUAAGAAUCCUCGAAUCUUAGAUGUUUGUCCAACAUUAUUAAAGGAUUUUUAUUGGAUUUUAGGUGAAUAUAUUGAUGAAUUAAAAACUGAUGAUGAAAUAAUCACAGUAUUAAUUCAAGCUUUGGUAAAAUUAUUUAGUAGCAUAGUUUCAGAUUAUAAUGAUUAUUAUUCAAAGAAUGGUACAUUCUCUGAAGAUAAGUAUAAUCAAGUGGCAUAUUAUUUAUAUAAAUUAAUUCAAUUUCUUAAUAAUUGGGAGAAUCAUAUUCAUUUUGAAGUUCAAGAAAGAGCAUUGUCAUGGUUAGAGUUUCUUAAACUCUCACUUGAGGCAAUGAUAGAUGGUGAUAAUGCUGUUAUCUUGAAAUUAGAGACAGAAGAAGAUAAAUCAUUACCAAUGUUACUUACACAUAUUUUACCAUCAUUCUUUAAAUCAUAUCAAUUAAAUCCCGUAUCCAAAAACUCUCAAAGAAAGAUUGGUAUUCCUGAAGAUUUAGAUCUUGAUACUCCAAUUAAUCCUAUUGAUUAUCAAUUGGAAGAUUUUAUUUCAACUGAUGUUCAUAGUGAAGAAUAUAAUUUAUAUUUAGAAGAUGAUUUAGAUGAAGUAACAAUUCCAUUAGGUAAUUUAUCAAAUUCAAGUGAAGAUAGUGUACGUAAGAGACAAGAAAGAUUAGAAAGAUUAAAGGAUGAUCCAUAUUAUCUUACAUCAAGUAAUGGUGAUAGGUCCAAUAAAUCAAGGGCUAAAAAACCUUUACUUAUGGAUGAAAGUAAAGAUUCUAGUAUAGAGAAUUUUAGUGAACGAGCUACAAUAAACUCCAAUGUCCCACCAUCACCACCAAAGAAGAAGAAAUCAACAAAAACAAAAACAAAAACAAAAUCUAAAAGGGAUAAAGUUAUUAUCUUAGCUGAAGAAACUAUUGAAGGUGGAGAUGAUGACAAUGAUGAAGAUAUGACGGUAUCUAAAAGUAAGAAAUCAAAGAGAAAUAUUUUAAAGAUUGAUUCAUCAAAUCUUGACAAUUUUGAUCUUAAUUCAGUAGCUACUCCUGAUGAUUCUUCUUUAUCAAAUAAUAAAGGUUAUGAAUAUGAUAUAGAUUUAGAAGAAUUAAGAAAGCAAUUAGCCGAAAGUGCCAUUAAGAAAACUGAGAAGGAAGAAAAGAAAAAGAAAAAGAAGAAGGAGAAGGAGAAGGAGAAGAAAACUGUUCCCACUAAAACAAGUUCAUGUAAUCAUACUGAUUUGAAAUUGGAACAUGAUUCAGAUUUAAUUGGUCCUUCAAAUGAUAAUAGUAUAGUUACGGUUGUAAAAUCUAAGAAAUCUAAAAAGAAAUCAAAAGCAGCAAUUAUAGAGUAAAUAUUUAUUAAAUAAUUUAAUAUAUUUAAUC